AUGACAAAGGCUAAGUUGAUGUGGCAAUCCCGAAAGGCCCUUGCUGCUAUCGGUCAAUCUCGCCUCAUGUCAAUAUGGGACUCCUUCUUCGCACAUAAGAACCAGCCCGUCGCCCAGAUCCUGAUCACACGCAAUGAUAUCGCCGAUCGCUCUCAAUACCUCAAUGCGCAGAACACCCUCGCCGAGACCCUCUCAAUGGGGGUGAUACCGAUCGUCAAUGAGAAUGAUACCUUGGCAGUGUCGGAGAUCAAGUUUGGCGAUAAUGAUACCUUAUCUGCCAUUACCGCCGCCAUGGUCAAUGCAGAUUAUUUGUUUUUGAUGACGGACGUGGAUUGCCUGUACGACAGGAACCCAAGGAAGUUCCCCGACGCGAAGCCCAUUCCUGUGGUCGAUGAUAUUGAUGCUCUCCAAGCAGAUGUCUCGUCAAAAGGGUCAGCCUUGGGAACAGGUGGGAUGGCGACCAAGAUCGUCGCUGCGCGACUGGCGACAGCAACAGGCACGAGCACCAUCAUCACGAAGUCUUCAAAGCCAGGGAAUAUUGCGGCGAUUAUCCGUCACCUUUACCCACCUAUGGAGGUCGAUAGUGAGACUGGUACUGUGCUCUCCGUACCAAGUAUUCCGCCACCUUUGCAUACAUGCUUCCUACCGUCUCCGUCCCCAAUCCGCAACCGCGCUUUUUGGAUCCUUCACGGCCUAGCCCCCCACGGGACACUGUACAUUGACCGAGGCGCCUCCAUCGCGUUAGCGAAUAAAGCUGGCCUAUUACCCGUCGGGGUCGUUGAUGUGGAAGGAACCUUCGCCCAACAGGAAGCCGUCCGCCUGGUUGUGAUAGAAAAGACAUCACUGGGUAGCUUGUCUCCCACGGGCAAUUCUAACUCAAUAUCCAUGCAGUUGGUAUCGAGGGAAGAAGAGAUCGGCAGAGCCGUGGUGAACUACUCUUCCUCCGAGAUCGCAAGGAUCAAACGGCUCAGGAGCUCCGAGAUUAGGAAUGUGCUAGGAUACGCCGAUAGCGAGUACGUUGCGUAUCGAGAGAAUGUAAGUUUGCAUGCGAGUGCCAGUGGUGACAAAAGUAGGCCAGACACGCCAAGUGGGCCGAGGACACCGACAAAAGAGAGGACACCGGAGGCCAGCGUGGUGGAUUUGAAGAGCUGGAAGAUAGAAUGA